GUUCAUUCCCACGUAAACUGGAAAAGGCGCCGCGGCGGCCACCAACAAGGACUUGAUGGGAUACAUAUGUGUGGUACCACAGUUCGUGGAGAACAGUAAGAAGCUGACCUCGAAUGAAGUGCUGAGCGACAAAGCCACCUUUGACACCAUCACCAAGACGGAGAACUACCUACCGUGUUUCCAUGACCCGGCGUUCGUCCAACAGCAGUUGUACGUGUCGUUCAUCAUCUGGGCUUCGUUUCUGUUUUUCUCGAUCCUCUGGGUCGUCGCAUCCAAUCAACAGAACCGAUCUCUCAAGAACGACGAAGUCGGUUUCUCGCUCGCGCUGCGGCAGUGGGCGCGAAAGGAUCGCAUCGCCAUCAUCAUCAAUCGCCCAGUGCAACUUGUUGCGUCCCUCGGUAUCUUCGUGAUCCUCGUGAACCGAUGCAACUACCUGUCCGUGGACGUCGCCGAGUACUACAUCGGCCUCGCAUUGUACCUCGCGGCGUUCGUCGACACCCUCGUGCGGUUCUGCGCCGCCAAGCAAAAGAUCUCAUACGCGUUUUCUCCGUACACAAUCCUCGACAUCUUCAGCUUGGCGUCGUACUUUUGCGUUGGGUUUGCGCCCAGUCUGCUCAUCAACGGCACGGCGGCGCGCACGUGGCUCGACUUCAGCAUCAUGCGGUCUAUCUUCAUCUACCGGAGCUUCAUGGAGAUGGACUCGCACUUCGACACGUCCACGCGGGGCAUCAUGCUGUUCCGCCUAGCGGUCCGGUGCUUCCUUUUGCUCAUGUGGGCCGCGUCCGUCAUGUUCUUUGUCGAAAUGACUGGCGAAAUCAACGCGUUCGUCGACAACGGGUUUGCGCACUUGUAUUCUUGUCCCAAUGGCACGAUCUCGUCGGCAUCGAGCGACGGCGCGUGCGGUUCCGAGACCUGGUCCAUGAUGUUUGCGCUGUACUUCACCGUGGUGACGCUGGGCACGGUCGGGUACGGGGACAACUCGGCGCACUACCUGCCGUCGCGGUUGCUCGUGAUGGUGUUUAUAUUGGCGGGUAUUAUUUUGUUUUCGAUGGAAAUUCAAAAUAUGGUCAAUCUGUACCAACUGCGCAAAAUCGGCAACCCGCCGUAUCGCCCCAAGUCGCGCACUACUCAGCACGUUGUGAUUAUGGGCAACCCCACGUAUCCCCAGCUGUCGGCAACGUUGCGGGAACUGUUUCAUCCAGACCAUUUCCAAGGCAUCGACCGCACGUUUCUGCAUGCGGUAGUGCUUGGUGACUCGUCGUCCAAGUACGUCAAAGGGCUCAUCCAGCGCCUGGAAAGCGAGCCCAAGUUUGCAUCCACCGUGACGUUCGUCGCUGGAGAUCCCACCGACGACGCCGACUUGGACCGGGUUCGACUGAAAGAUGCCAUUGGGGCGUUUUUUAUUCCGGACAAGCUCGCGUCGGACGCUGUGAAAGAAGACGCACGGAACAUCAUGCACAUCUUGUCGGCCAAGCAGUACGCAGGAUAUGACUUUCCAUGCUGGGCCAUUGCCCUCCGCAACGAUAACAUCCGCCACAUGCUAGCCGCGGGCGUGGACCGAGACGGCAUCGUGUGCGAGGAGACUAUGAAGAUGGGCGUCAUGGCUCGCAGCUGCGCUUGUCCUGGCUACGCCACGUUCCUCUCCAACCUGGCGUCGUGCUUGUCGCUGGCCAAGCAACCCGACUCGCCGUUCGCCCUCCGAUCGAAAGCGGCCCUCGGCGGCGACCUGAAUGCCGCACCAUGCGUCGCCGCCGCCGCCGCGCAGCCAUGGAUGAACCACUAUUACGCUGGCGCGUCUCGCGAGUUUUACGUCGUAUCGCUCAGCAAGGAGUUUGCCGACAUGACAUUUCGGGACGUAGCGGCCCAAAUCUUUACGCGCUCCAAGGGGUCGGUGGUCCUGAUCGCCGUGGAAGUGGUGGUAGACGACCCGAGCGAGAGCGACGCCAUGGCCGCGCGCAUCCAUGGCGUCCGCGUGAUGCUGAACCCAGGCCACGCCAUGCGACUCAAGGAAGGCAGCUCUGUGUACGUCAUCGCAGACGACCUCGCCAGCGUCCAGGCGUUCCACAUCACAAACGACGACGUCGCAGAUGACGAGGACGAUGUCGUGCACAGCCCUCGUCCGUCCACAGGACGACAGUCGACCCUCCGCACGCCGCUCUUGCCGUCGUCCUCUUCGAUGUUGCCCUCCACAACCCACCCAGCCAAAGCCCCCGUGCCUCCGCCCAGGCGCUUUCGUGUAUCCUCCACCAGUCCUGCUGGUUUUUACUCCACUUCUCACUCUCUCUCUCUCUCUCUAGACUUUGCUCAGUGGCGAAAGCAUGCACUUGGAUUCCACGUUGGAUCGGGUGGUGUCGUCGAUUCGAUUGCCGACGCGACGCCCGGACCAGACCGUGGACCCUCGUCGGGCGUCGUUGAUGGACGUGUUUUCAUCCGGGUCGCCCGUCCACGAGCAGCCGCGGGAGCUGACGCCGCCGCCCAUGUCCGUGUUGGAAGACCCGCGGCACAUCGUCGUGUGCAGUUUCUUGGGGGACGAGUCGUUGGCGGCGCUCCAGUGGUUCAUCUCGCCCCUUCGAGGGGUGUAUUCGCUCAACAUGCCGCCGAUCACCAUCUUGGACGCGUCGCCGCCGUCGGGGGACUGGGUGUCGGCCAUCGCCAAGUUUUCCGAUGUCUAUUAUGUAUGCGGAAGUCCGUUGGUGUACCGAGAGCUGCAGCGUGCCGGCGCCAAGUCGGCGCAUUCGGUGCUGGUGCUGGCCAAGAAGUCCAAGGCCACCAGUACCGACGGAGGGGCCGGACCGAUGCAAACCAGCUUGAUGGACGCCGACGCCAUCUUCACGACCCUGCUGGUGGACCUCAAGAUGAACCCGAGUCGCAUGUUCACGCUCACGGAACUCACAGACGAAUCCAAUUCCAAACUCCUCAACAAGCGGUUCCUCGUCCAGCAACCUGGCGCACCCCACAACGAUGGCUCGACGGAUAAACUGCACUCGAUGUGGGACAUUGCGCUGAGCGCGUCCGCGGGUGUCCACAACGGCAGCACAUCGUCGUCGUCCGCGCCGUCGAUUUAUUCGAUGCCGUUGUACAUGUCGGGGCGACUCAUGCACCCGCAAUUCUGUGAAAACCUCCUUGUCCAGGUCAUCUCUCUCCAUGUCCACCUCAAAUACCCCAAAAAGUGAAAUAUAUUGUAGUCGUACUACGACCCAAGCAUCCAUCGCAUCUUGCGCCAGUUGGUCGGCGGACCGCGGUCCACUGGCAUCAUUUGUGCAGUGCCGCUGCCUCGAGCGUACCACAACGGCAACGUCGAGUAUGGACUACUCUUUCACGCGUAUGCAGACCGCCACUUUCCCGGCAUUCUCCUCGGGGUAUAUCGGAAACCCACCCCCGCCACCGACGCUUCUGCAGCAUCGUCGAUCCUUCCUGUCGUACUCACAUGCCCGGCCACCUCCCUCACGGUGAAUCACACAUUUGUACAUACUGUAUCACAUGGCGAUGCUCUAGAUGGCCGACGGCGACGUCUUGUACGUCUUGUACGGGUGGAACGUGCUCGAAGACGCCGCCAAAGCGAUUCAAGUGGCGUUUCGGGCGUGGAAAGGCGUCCGCCCGUGGCUGUCGCACCCCCCGCGUUCCCUCAUGCGCCGUCGAACGACCAAGUUGUAAUUCUAUAAACUGUAUAUACACUACUAGUAGUAGUAGUAGUGUUUAACUGUGACGUUUGGCCUUCUUGUUGCGUUUCGUGGGCUGCAUGACGAUCUUCUUGCCCUUCUUGUCGCCCCCCUUCUUCUUGUCCGCCGCCUUGGCAUCACGUUUGCGCUUCUUGCCCUUGGUCUUCUCGAGCAGAUCCGCGGGGAGUGUCACAUGCUUCCGCCGCUUCCGCGCACGUUCCUUGGCUUCCACUUGCUUCUGGUUGGCCGGGCCCAAGAGCACGCGAAGGUCGCGCAGGAGCGCCGGACGCACGGGGUACAACGCGUCCGCGUGGCGCCACUUGGCCGCGUCCCAGCCCACAAACAGCUGGACGCCGUCCGUCUCGGUGCUGGCGGCGGGGAUCGUGCCGGCACUACUGCCUUCCUUGUCUGUCGCUCGCACAAACACAAACGUUUCGCUGUCCCAAAUGGGAAAGCUGCCCUUGGACAGCACCUUUUUGUUCGAGUACCCCGGGUACAAGCACCGAUCAAACACAACCGACCCAGUGUGCCGCAGCCCGUUGGCUUCGGCGAGGGCCACCACGCCCCAUUGUCCGAACGGCGGCUUGGUCUUGUGCGUGACGUGGACUUCGCCGUGGGGGGCCAGCACGCCCACUACGGCGGUGAAGAACCCUUGAAGGAGCUGCUUGUUGUCGUCCAUUUCAUUGUUUUGGCCGUCGGCGCCGUCGGGCAUGCGCACACACGGAAAGUUCCAAAUCACGCGGUCAAACUUGGUCGCGCCGGCCGCCGCCUUGAGCGACUUGGCGCUUGUGGCGUCGACUUCGUGCAAAACAGACGCACCGGCGGUGGUCAAUGUGUCGAGAAUGGCAGAGCUGUCGGGGUAGGUUUCCACGACGGUGUCUUUAGCUUCGUGGGAGGUGGCCGUAAGUUGGGACGCCUCGCCAAGGUACCCGAGCAGUGCGCGGGAGAAGGAGAAGUUGCCGUCGCCCAACGUCAGCACCUUGUGGGAGGGCUGAAGGAGGACAUUUCGAGGGACAAUCUCGAGUUCUGCUUCUUCUGCGUUGUCGCCGUCGUCCUCUCGGGCGGCGUACGGGUCGUUGAAGCGCGGGCAUUGUUCUGGUCGCACAUUCGGCAUGACGUCCUUGCCGCCGUAGAUGAACAGCUUGUAGCAGCAUGGUCUGCAAAGAUUGAUGGCGCAUUGAAUCGUGUUGGCCUGCACGUACAACUUGUCCGUGGCGCGGUCCGUGGCUGUUGCCUCGCUCAUCGUGGUUCAACGCAAAU